CGUCAUUCUCGCGCGCCGGAUGUGACACUCUCAGAGAAACGGCAGAGCGUGGUCUGGUUUUACGGUUUCCUGUGGCUCUGCAGGCAGUGAAGGUUCUCUGCUUUUAGAGGAAGCGGCUGUGUGCGUGGGGCGGGGUCUCCCAGGAGCUUGUUGAACUCUUUAAAAUUGAUUCCUGAAAAGAUCCAAUGGCUUAUAGAAGAGAUGAUUUGUGGUCUGAUGGACGCUAUGAAUAUGACAGACUUCCAAGAGAACGCUUGCCUCCUCGCAGUCAUGCUGAGGAUGACUACCUUAGAGUAGUUAAUAUUAUAUCCAAGAAACCACCACUGCUAGACAGACCUGGUGAAGGAGGCUACAGUAGAUAUGAUUACAGUCUUGUUGAUUACCAAGAAUAUGACGAGGGCCGCAGUUUUUCUCAUGAUCGAAGAAGUGGUACACCCCACAGAGGCGAUGAGCCCAGCUACCGAUGGACAAGGGAUGAUCAUCCCAUAAGUAGACAGCCUGACUAUAGGGAUACUAGAGAUGGCUUUAGAAGAAAAGGUUUCUACUCUUCUCAUUACAUGAGAGAACGAUCUCCUCAUAAAAGGGACACUCCAUUCUUCAGGGAAUCUCCAGUAAAUCGAAAAGAUUCUCCACACAGCAGAUCUGGCUCCAGUGUCAGCAGCAGAAGUUACUCUCCAGAACGGAGCAAAACUUAUUCUUUCCACCAGUCUCAGCAUAGAAAGUCCGUGCGAGCUGGUGCCUGCUACAAACAGCAAAAUGAAGGAGAGCCAGGAAGAGGUAAAGAGAGACCUUCUGCCCAGUCUUUGAAAACAUCAAGAGAUACUUCUCCCUCCAGUUCCACAGCAGCUCCCUCAUCAAAGGUCUUGGAUAAACCUAGCAGGCUAACUGAAAAAGAGCUUGCUGAGGCUGCAAACAAGUGGGCUGCAGAAAAAUUAGAGAAGACUGAUGAGAAUAACUUACCAGAAAUUUCUGAUUAUGAUGCUGGGUCCUCAGCACCAUUAUACAAUGACCAAGCAGAAGAGCCUGAGACAAAUGCAACAGAUAGUAUAGAACUGUUUGAAGACAACCAGGUAACCAGUCGCUCAAAAGCAAUAGCGUCAAAGACCAAGGAAAUUGAACAGGUUUAUCGACAAGACUGUGAAACUUUUGGGAUGGUUGUGAAAAUGCUCAUUGAUAAAGACCCUUCAUUAGAAAAGUCUGUGCAGUUUGCCUUGAGGCAGAAUUUACAUGAAAUAGGUGAGCGAUGCAUUGAAGAACUGAAGCAUUUCAUUACAGAGUAUGAUGCUGCCAAUCAAGAAUUUGGGGAGUCUUUCUAAGAAUUCAUGCUGAGGCAAAAGAUAAUGUACUUCUUUGUUUUGUGUGUGUGUGUGUGUGUGUGUGUGUGUGUGUGUGUGUGUGUGUGUGUGUGUGUUGGAUUGUAUAAAUCCUUAAUAUAUGGAAAACUUUUGUGGGUAGUUAGGGGGAUAUUUUACUACACUUAGCCACACAUUUAGAUAUCUUUAUCAUUAUUAUAUCAAAAGAAUAUCUAAAACUUUUUAUUAGCAAUGUGCAGAAGUUCUUGAUCCAUAAUUAAUCAUAAGCUUUUAAAGUAGGAUGAAGUGUCAAUUCAUUUUUCCAGUAUACCUCUUUGAAAAAUAUGUGCAAGAGGUUAGUUUUCUACAAUUAUUUGUCUUCAGUCUCACAAACUAUAUAAUCAUAUGCUUUGUUAUGUGAAUCUAGACUUAGUUUACUGAUUAGAAAUUACUUUGAAAUCAUUUUUUUCAAGACAUUGAAAAUCCCUUGAAUUUUGUUAACUAGCAAUUCCAUAUGAUCUAUAUUUUGAAAAUUCAUCUUAAAAGUUCUAUGACUUGAUGUCAUGGGCUUAUUGUCUAAUUUGUUUAUUAAGCCUUCAAACUUCUAAAUAUUCUAAUGAUCUACUUUUCCAUAUUAUCUGACUCCUUGAAGUUAUCCCAGAUUAAAUAUAUUAUUUCAUCGUGUAAGAAUUACUUUUAAAAGAUUCUAAAGCUCUAAUAACUUCUAGAUCAAGAAAAAAGGCUUUUAAAUAUUAAAUUGUUUAUUUAAAACCUCCUGCAUUACAAUAUUCUGAAUUUCAUAAAUACACUGAUAUUUAUCUUACAAGAUCACAUCUGUGUCAGAUGGAAGGGAAAAUUUGUGAAUUUAAAGGUGAGUGACUUAUUUAGGCUGAGAUUUUCCACAAAAUUUAUAGGCCUAGAUAGAAAUCUUUAUCAACAUGAGAAACAGUAGAUUUUUACCCCAUAGGUCUUUGUUCCAACUAUCUUUUGCUCCAUGCAUCAUUAGGAAAUUAGUUGAUUGUUCCAGUGAUUUCAGCCUAAAAGUUUAUUUAACUCUCCUUAUUAAUUCCAGGACGAUGGAUAUUAUACCAAUUUUUGAUGUUAGGCAUACAAAUUUAUUUUUUCUUUUUGUGGUCACAGAGCUUUAAAUCAUGUUAUUAUUACUGCCUACUUUCCUUAUUUUUCCAGUGUCUCUUCUCUAAUCUGAAUUCUGCCAUCAUUUUUUUAUGGUUUUUCUUGAUAAUGUUUUGAAGGCUUCCAAACAGUAGGGGACCAAAAUUAUGUUAAACGUUCAUUUCCAGCUAGCCAUUUAUUUUAAAAAUCAUGCUAGAUUGGAAAUAAAGAAACAGUGUUAUGUGGUACCAGAAGGAAUGUGUGCCACACCUGAAAGUUGAAAGAGAAAGAGAAAAAUAUAAUUCCAAAUUAUCCCCAACUUCCGCCUUGCCAAAUCUGGCCACUUUGUGAGUCAUACUUUUUGAUACUUAGUAUGCUAAUCCAGUUUCUGAACCAUAAACUAGAACUAAUCCUUAUCCAUCAUCUCUGAUAUUCUUCUCCAAUGUGUGAGACUCUUUUGUUAGCUACCCAGCCUAGAGAAAACUAAGGCAAUAAUAGUUUUAUUGCUCAGUUUUCCAUUUCCCUUUUUCUUGCAUUUAAUUUUAUUAAGUAAUGUCACUUCUUAAAACAAAAGCUGAAAAAAUAUAGUAGAGAUACCAAAGACAAGGAACAAAUUCUUUAGUUGAACUUCAGUAGUUUUACUAAAAUACCAUCGCAUUGCAGAUAUUUAAAGUCUUAGCCACUUAAAUAUAGUUUUGUUCUUCCUUCUCUCAAAACAUUGUUUUCAAUUAAUAAAGGUUUUACAUCAGUAAUUGCAUCAAUAAAAUUUCAUUAGGGUCAUCAGUUAAUUGUAGGGGGAAAAAGGUAGACUUUAAAGGGUAACUUUGCAGCAUGAAAAUUCAAAUGUAAACUAGAAUGGUUUAUGUUCUAAGAAGUUCUCCUUAUUAAGAUGUUUUUAUCAAGAGAAUUACCCACUGUUCUCUGCUGAAUAUCUCUAAGUAAUGUGCUAUAUUUUCAGUAUGCCUUGCUAUGCAUGUAGUUGAAGUUCAAAGGGAAAGUGGAACUUUGUAAGACUUCCUUGUGUAAACUUUAAAAAAAUAAAACAACCAGUUUUAAAUAA